AUGGCUACUUUAUCUAAUUUUACACAGACAGUGGAAGAUGUCUUCAAAAGGAUUUUUGUUACUUAUAUGGACAAUUGGCGCAGGAACACGACUGCCGAGCAGGAGGCCCUCCAGGCCAAAGUGGAUGCUGAGAACUUCUACUAUGUCAUCUUGUACCUCAUGGUGAUGAUCGGAAUGUUCUCUUUCAUCAUCGUGGCCAUCCUGGUGAGCACGGUGAAAUCCAAGAGGCGAGAGCACUCCAACGACCCCUACCACCAGUACAUUGUGGAGGACUGGCAGGAGAAGUACAAAAGCCAAAUUUUGAAUCUAGAAGAAUCAAAGGCCACCAUCCAUGAGAAUAUUGGUGCAAUAGGUUCCACAAUGUCUCCCUGAUAAGAGAGAAGCACCAAGCCAAUCUCUGAUACCCAGAUACAAGGAGACACCUGUGCCUCCAAGCAAGUUCAAAUUGCAAUUGUUUGGAAGAAAUUUC